CCCUGUACGAACAGUUCCGUAAAGUCUAAAAAUUAAUUAUUUUUUAAAUAAAAUGGGUGCGCGUUAUUUUAUUUUUUCAACGUUGUUACUAUUACUAUUAUAUUGUGCUACGACAGUCACAUCGGUCAAUAUCAGUGAUACUAUUAAAUAUAGUGACAUUCUAAACAAUUUGAGUAACUUUCCUCAAAGAUUCCCGGUUGGAUAUGAAGCUGCUAAUAUUUCACCACGUUGCAAUCAGUCAUUGGCACAUUAUAAAAAUGGCUUGGAUAAUCAAGAUGAAUGGGCCGUGAAGAUGUUGGAUGCCAUGUCUAAACUGCAAUCCGGUAUUAUGUCUGGAAACCUGUAUAAUUUAGGAGCUUACGAUGAAUGUCAAUCGAUACGCGACAUUGUGAUCAACUCACAAAAUUCCGGAACGCAACAGGAACAGAAAAAAGAUUCUAUUACGCUUAUUAGUGGGAAAUACUGCUUAGGGACAUUGCAAUUAAAAGAGAUACCGCUCUUUUGGUCGAUGUGUGCACCUGAUGCAUGCUCAGCAGAUGAUUUAAACGCAAUGAUGGAGAUGGUACAAAUACCCAUGGUUUUCACUGAAGAGAAGUGUCAUGAUCCAAGUAUGGAUCCGGAAAUUACGCCUGGGGAUAUUGCAGUCAUAGUGUGCUUUGGAAUAAUUUUGGCAAUAAUGAUUGUAUCUUCAGUAUAUGAUGUGUUCCUUCGAUAUUUCGAGAAAAAAACUGUGCAUCCAUUGCUACUGGCGUUUUCUGUCGUGACCAAUGGUGAGAAACUUUUUGCAACCACAGAACCAGGUACAAACGCUGGCCAACUGGAGUGUCUUUCCGGUAUUCGAUCCAUAAGCAUGAUGUGGGUGCUACUAGGUCACAUCUUCAGUAAUAUGAUGUCGGUUGCUUUGACAAAUAUGAAUAGCCUUCUAGAAUUUUUCAGCGAUGGUUGGACAAUGUAUGUUCGUGGUGCCACUGUGUCUGUUGAUUCAUUUUUUCUAAUGGCUGGUAUUGUGAUGAUUUAUGUUUAUCUCAAAUCAACUAAAGAUAAACAAACAUUUAAUGUGUUUUUGUAUUACUUACAUCGCUAUCUGCGCUUAACACCUGCUCUCGCUGCUGUUCUUGUGGUACAUCUCACAAUUCUCAAACACUUUGGUUCAGGUCCUCUCUGGUCCUCAAUGAAUUUAUAUGGUUACGAAUACUGCAGUAAAAACUGGUGGAGUUUAUUGCUGUAUAUUCAAAACUAUGUUGAUUCACUUGAAAUGUGUGUUCCACAAAGCUGGUAUCUGUCAGUCGACACACAACUGUUUCUUAUUUCACCGAUUUUCCUCUUUCCGAUUAAUCGUUGGCCAAGAAUUACACUUGCUGUUGUUCUCCUCACGGCAUUGGCAUCUAUCUCAACAGGAUUUGCUUUGGCGUGGGUUCAUAAAUUGGUCGACAGUAACACUUUAGCUGUAGAUCCCAAAGAAACUGAAAAUUAUUUGAAGCUGUACUACCAGGUUUUAAACAUUUGCCUCUGGGCUGCAUCUUUAGCCGUAUUGGCUACAUGUGUUUUCGUAGACAGGGCACAAGAUGAUUACGAUCGUCUGGCCAGCUCGUCCUAUAUUGCUUUCGUUCGUCCUGCCUGGUCGUUGGCGCUCUCUUGGGUAAUAUUCGCGUGCGUGACAGGAUACGGUGGUCCAGUAAAUGCAUUGUUAUCGGCUAGAGUAUUUCAAGUACUGGCACGACUUACUUACUCUAUGUACCUUACACAUGUAACCAUCGUUUUAGUGUUGCACUCUUCUAUUAAAGAGCCUGUGCCAUUUUCCAAUGCUCAUGUUCUGUACGAGUAUUGGGCAUUGUUUGCUCUGGUAUUUGCAAUUAGUGUUGUAUGGACUUUGGCGUUUGAAUCGCCGGUUAUUAUUAUUGAAAAAUACAUUUUUGGUGGUGGCAAUCGUAAAAGACCAUUUAAAAUAAUCUCUCUCAUAAUGAGUAUAAAUAGUUUUACUUUGAAGUUAUUGAUGUGGACAGUUUGUGUAUUAAGUGUAUCAGCAGAACGUGGCGAUAAUAAUACUAAAAAGUAUAGUGAAAUAAUAAAAAGUUUGAGUAACUUUCCUGAAACUUUUUUGCUUGGAUAUAAAGAUGCAGAUAUUUCACCAAAUUGCAAAACUGCGAUUAAAUUAUAUGUGAAUGCUUUGGCAAAUUAUGAAGGAUGGGCUAUUCAAAUGUUCGAUGCCAUGUCAAAGCUGCAAUCCGGAAUCCUUGCUGGUAACUUUUACAACCUGGGAGCUUACGACGAAUGUCAAUCGAUACGUGACGUUGUGGUCCACUCACAGGAUCCAGACAACAAUGAUGCAGAGAGUAGCACGCUAAUUAACGGAAAAUACUGUCUGGGAAAGGGAGACCUUGCAGAGAUACCGCUUGUCUGGGCUAUGUGCGCUCCAGACGCAUGUUCAGCUGAUGAUUUAAACAAAAUCAUAAAGAUAUUGCCUGUAUCAAUGGAAUUCACUGAAGAGAAGUGUCAUGAUCCAAGUCAGGACCCAAAAAUUACUAAUGGCGAUAUUGUAGCUAUGACAUGUUUUGGAAUAAUCUUAGGAGUAGUGGUUGCAUCUUCUCUUUAUGACAUAUAUCUUCGAUAUUUUGAAAAAAAACCACUUCAUCCUCUAUUACUAGCGUUUUCUAUGGUGACUAACAGUGAGAAACUUUUUGCCACCAAAGAACCAAACACAGGUGGUGAUCAAAUGGAAUGUCUUUCUGGUAUCCGUUCGCUAAGUAUGAUGUGGGUGGUACUAGGACACACUUUCAGUAACGUAACGCUUGUAGCUAUUGCAAACUAUGCAAAUCUUAAAAAUAUUUUUAUCGAUCCCUGGACAAUGUACGUCCGUGGAGCGACUGUUGCUGUAGAUUCCUUCUUCCUAAUGAGUGGUAUCGUGAUGAUCUACGUCUACCUCAAAUCAUCCAAAAACAAACAAACAUUUAAUGUUUUUCUCUAUUAUCUACAUCGUUAUCUCCGUUUAACUCCAGCGUUGGCCGCUGUUCUUGUUAUACACAUCACAGUUAUUAAACAUUUUGGUUCUGGUCCAUAUUGGUACUUGAUGAAUGACGCAAUUAAAGAUUGCCAAAACUAUUGGUGGAGUGUCUUGUUGUAUAUUCAAAACUAUGUAAAUGAUGCUGAAAUUUGUAUGAUACAAAGCUGGUAUUUGUCCGUUGACACUCAAUUGUUUCUUUUAUCACCACUUGUCCUGUUUCCAAUAAAACGUUGGCCGAGGAUUACACUCGCCGCCGUUGCAAUCGCUGCAUUGGCCUCCAUUUCCACUGGAUUUGCAGUAGCAUGGGUUUAUAAACUCACAGACAUUAAUAUGCUAAACACAAAAGACCCAGAUGCUUCAAUAAAUUAUAUGAAAAUCUACUAUCACGCUACGUACACUCGUGCUUCUCCAUGGUUAAUUGGCAUCAUAGUUGGCUACUUUAUCCACAAAGUCAAAAUUGUUCAAAAGGGCCCAUAUAAAAUAAACUGGUUCUUAAAAAUUUCCUUGUGGAUUGGCUCACUGUGUGUGCUGGCAACAUGUGUUUUCGUCGACAAAGCCCUGGAUGAUUACGAUCGUCUCGCCGUUUCGUCCUACAUUGCUUUCAUUCGCCCCGCGUGGUCUUUAGCACUCUCUUGGGUGAUAUUCGCCUGUGAGACUGGAUACGGCGGUCCAGUGAAUGCAUUGUUAUCGGCAAGAGUAUUCCAAGUGAUGGCGCGGCUCACCUACUCCAUGUAUGUGACGCACUACACUAUCAUAUUCGUGUUGUAUACGUCCAUCAAACAACCUCUUGCAUUUUCAAACUCACAAUAUAUGCUUGAAUAUUGGUCAAUUUUUGCUUUGGUUUUUGUGAUUAGUGUUAUUUGGACGUUGGCAUUUGAAUCACCGAUUUUUAUUAUUGAGAAAUAUAUUUUUGGAGGUUCCAGUCGUAGAAGACAUGUAAUUUCAUCUCAACAUACCAAUGAUAUGGAUAAAAUUGGUGAUACACAAAACAUUGAGAAUUUUAUGAUUGAGAAUGGCUGCCAUCGUCGUUCAAAUGGAGUUGAAAAAAUAUAA